CCGCCUGCAGCUCAGCACCUCGCUCGCCUUUUCCGACCUCACCGAGGAGCUCCUCGAUGGCGGCCACGACGGGCUGCUCCGCGAGCUGGACGACCUGCGCUCCGAGAACGACUAUCUCAAGGAUGAGAUCGAGGAGCUGCGCGCGGAGAUGCUGGAGAUGCGGGACGUCUACAUGGAGGAGGACGUCUACCAGCUGCAGGAGCUGCGGCAGCAGCUGGGGGGGCAUGGAGGAGAGUCCGGGCACCCCACAGUUCGGUGUGCAGGACAGCUGGGCACAGGCACGUUGGUGGCCAAGGAUGUCUCCGUGCGGCUCCACAAUGAGCUGGAGGCGGUGGAGAAGAAGAGGAUCAAGCUGGAGGAGGAGAACGAAGACCUGCGCCAGAGGCUCAUCGAGACGGAGCUGGCCAAGCAAGUGGUGCAGAACGAGAUGGACAAGCUCCGGGAGAAUUCCUUGAAGAAAAGAGGCUCUCGUUCCGUCGGGAAGACCGAGAAGAAGCCGUCGGUGCAGGAGGACAGUGCAGACCUGAAGUGUCAGCUGCAUUUUGCAAAGGAAGAGUCAGCCCUCAUGUGCAAGAAGCUGACCAAGCUGGCCAAAGAGAAUGACAGCAUGAAGGAGGAGCUGGUCAAAUACAGGUCCUUGUACGGGGACCUCGACAGCUCCCUGUCCAUAGAGGAGCUGGCUGACUCUCCCCAUUCCCGGGAGGCCGAACUCAAAGUCCAUCUGAAGCUUGUAGAGGAGGAAGCCAAUAUCCUGAGCCGGAGGAUAGUGGAACUGGAGGUUGAAAACCGUGGGUUGCGGGCAGAGAUGGAUGACAUGAAGGGCCAGGGGGACAAAGAGCUCAUCGGACAGGACAUUCGGUUCCUGUCGUCCUCCUCAAACUGCGGGGACUCUGGGGAGAGUCUUGUGGAGCUGAGACGGCACCUGCAGUUUGUGGAGGAGGAGGCCGAUCUGCUGAGACGGUCGCUGAUGGAGCUGGAGGACCAGAACAAGCUCCUUAUGAACGAGCUGAAUAAGUACAAGUCAGACCACGACCUGGACAUCACGUUGUCGGAGGACAGCUGCUCGGUGAUCAGCGAGCCCUCGCAGGAGGAGCUGGCCACGGCCAAGGUGCAGAUCAGCGAGCUGAGCGGCAAGGUGAAGAAGCUCCAGUACGAGAACCGCGUGCUGCUCUCCAACCUGCAGCGCUGCGACCUGGCCUCCUGCCAGACCACCAGGCCCAUGCUGGAGACGGACGCCGAGGCCGGAGACUCCGCACAGUGCAUCCCCAGCGAGCUCUGGAGGGACGGGCCCAUCGGCGGGGAGAACGAUGCCCAGGACAGGGCGCCCGGCAGCGGGAAGGCUCCGGACAGCAGCCCCACCAAGCUGCUCAAGUCCAAGGACUUUGAGACCCUCCUGGGCAUCCGGGACCAGGCAGCGCUCGUCAGCAAAGCGAUCGAUGUCUUGAUUUCGGACACCAACGGCUUCACGUCCAGCCUCAAGUUGUGCCUGGACAACGAGUGCGUGGGCGGGAUGCUGAGCGAGGCGAUGGAUAACAGCAGCGAGAGCCCCAGCGACUCCAAGCUGAUGAACGUCCUCAUAAUGAGGCUCGGGGUCCUGCAGCAGGACCUGGGCUGCUUCAUGAGGAAGGUGGAUCACCUCGCCGACUGCCUUAAGGAGCAGACAGACUCCUUCCCCUUCUCUGGCCCCAGCGGCCAGGACUCCACCAAAGAGGCCCUGCAGAAAGAGCACGGCUCCGACUUCCAGCAGCCUGAUUUUAGGGACGCCGACCCGUACCGCAUCCCCCACGCCAAGGACACGGACCCCGGUGCCGCACAUGCCCGGAGCUACAAAACCUGCCGACCUGAGGAGAGCGACUCCUACGCCUCCGAGAUGAAGGAGCUGCAGCUGGUGCUGGCGGAAGCCAACGAGAGCCUGCGGGGCCUGCAGGAGCAGCUCUCCCAGGAGAGGCAGCUGAGGAAGGACGAGGUGGAUAACUUCUCCCAGAAGAUCUGCCAGCUGAAGGAAGACCACCAGAAAGCUCUCCUGAGGCGGGAGUUUGAGCUGCAGAGCCUGAACCUGCAGAGGCGGCUCGAGCAGAAGUUCUGGAGCCAGGAGAAGAACCUUCUGGUGCAGGAGUCCCAGCAGUUCAAGCAGAACUUCCUCCUGCUCUUCAUGAAGCUCAAGUGGUUCCUCAAGCACUGGCGCCAGGGCAAGAUCGUGCACAGCGAGGGCGAUGACUUCCUGGAGGUACCGUGGGCAGCGCGAGCUCCGGGCUGCCCAGGAAGGGGUGGUCGGUCACUGCGGGGCAGGGGGAAUCCCACUGCUUUUUCUCCUUGUGGAGAGUCUCUGGGAGUCUGCCCACCUCCGC